AGGAAAUACAGCUUUAGUCAAGAAACACAAAACAAACAUGGAACUGAGUUUCAGCUGAAAAUGAACAUGAGUGCCGAGGAUUCAUAUUUUGACCGUCCUGACUGACGACAUGAGACAACCUCUGCUCCUUAUCAGUCUGUUGCUGGCAGAUGCACUGGCUCAGAACCAGGUGCCAGUCGAGUUCCAGCAAGACCCGGUGCUGGUUCAGACCGGGACCGACAUAUUAUUCACAGUGCUGACCGCGCCUCAGGUCUUCAGAAUCACGUGGCAGUACCAAGAUGGGAUCGUUCUGGGCUCGUGGAGCUCAGGAGCUGCUCAGAUUAACCCGGUGCCUCAGUUCCUGGGGAGGGUCAGCAUCACUGCCACUCAGCUCCGAAUUGGAAACGCUCAGCUGGGUGACGCCGGCAGCUUCACGGUGGAGGUGGUCCCUCUGGGCACAGGCCAGUCCAACUCCAGAUCCGCACAGCUGAGGGUGUUCGAUGCAGUGUCCGGGGUGAGCGUCUCGGUUCCCUCGACGGCGGUCGAGGGGAGGACUGUCAAUCUGACCUGCACGUGGACCGCGGGGACGGAGAUCACGGUCCAGUGGGGCAAAGACGGCUCGGCCGUCGCGGCGGACUCGAGGAUCACCCUCUCCGGCGGCUCUCUGGUCAUCAACCCGUCCAGACGGAGCGACGCCGGGGAGUACACGUGUACCGCCAGCAAUCCUGUCAGCGCCCAGAGCGCCUCGCAGAGACUCACCGUCUUCUAUGGCCCUGACACCCCCGUGCUGACCCUGGAGACCCCGAAAGAUUGUGUCGGUGAGGGGGACGUGAUGGUGGGACAGACGGCGCGCCUCACCUGCGUGUCCGACUCGCUGCCUCCCGCUCUCUUCUCGUGGCAACGUGACGGACAGCCUGUCACGCCAAGCCAGCCAGACAGUGGGGUUCUCACCCUCCAGACGAUAUCGACCAAUGAGAGCGGGCGCUACGUCUGCAUCGCCAGGAACGCCAUCUCCGAAGGCACGUCGGAGCAGGGCAGAGACUUGGCCGUCGUGGGUGUGUGUUUCAACGGAGGAGAAGUGGCGGGGAUAGUCAUCGGCUCUCUGCUUGCACUCCUCAUCCUCAUACUCCUCAUCGCGGUCAUUAUUGUUCUUGUGCGGCGGAGGAGGGUGCAGCAAAGACAGAGGGAUACUGUCCUUGUCCCAAAGACCAACCCAGAUCCACAAAUUCGACCCCCAGAGCCACAGCCUAAUGGUGUGAGGGAACUGGACCAAGGUCCCGACCCCCCCCCUCUUCUACACACAGCGCACUGACCGCUCAAAUGCCGCCUUACGCGGAAGCCGUGGCGAUCCACAGACACUGCGGCUGAAUGGACUGCGAAACUCUGACAUGCAUGGACACAAUGGUCGUACCCACACAAAUGGACUCCUACACAAUGCCAUUCAGAAUACCAAUUUAUACCCACACAAUGGCAUUGACAACCAGGCUUUCACACACACCGAUGCUCAGAAUGCAAACGCCCUCACAAACACACAGCAGCAGCAGCAGCAGCAGCAAAAUCCGAACAUCCUCAUACAACCUGGCGCUGUCCAGGGCGGCGCGCCGCCCCCAGCAGUUCAAGUCAGCCUCAACACACUGCCACAAACUAGCCAGCCAAACGGCAAUGCACAAGCGCCAACCAUUCAUGUCAAUCUUAACUCGUAUCCCGCCAACACCCAGCAGCCCCAGCAAGACAGUUCAUUACCUCUCACCAAUUCCACCAAUGUGUCACAAUUUCAGCACAGCCUGACACAGACCACACCUGGAAGACAAAGUGUUCAGUCCUACUCUGGUGACCCUCGCCCCAACGGGCACGUGAACACCGGCCAAGGUCAGAUUCCAACUGGAUACUCACAUUUUAAUGCCAACAUGCAGGCAUACCAGCAGGGCCCAGAAUCUCACCAGAGAUCAGACAGGGAGUCGGGAAGACGCGUGGACACGCCAAGCUCUGACCGUCAACAGAUGCCUUGGGAUCAACUCAGGGGAACCCCAGCUUAUCCCAACGACACCUCCGACAGUACGGAGUACACUACCCAUCCUCCCAUCAGAGAGGCAAGACGAAACAGCAGACCACAGCCCCAGAGCCAGACGGCGUCCCGCAGCAGAACGCCACCCAGACGGGACGCAUCAUCAUCGGACCGGAACAUUUGGAACCGUUUAGCUGAUCUCCGACGCACAAAAACUAGCAGUGUACCACAGUUCAGCCUGUCCCGCCACACACAGAGAAGCUCCGGCACACAAACGGAAAGUGCUCAGGCAGACAUAAGAGGUCUGCCUGUUCGCCAGAAUGCCCCCAGGCAAGAAGCCACUCAUAGCAAUAACCCCCAGGCACUUCCUCUCAUAAGCCAGCAGGCCUCUGUGGGCCGCUCUGCCGUGUCGCAGGGACCAGCCACACAACAGGGACUGACUGCUCUACAGGGGGCAGAUACCAGAGCUUUGGCUGAUCCUAAUCACCUUCAGCAGGCGCACAUGGCUCAGCAACACAGAGCCGCGCCGAUCCAAACACUGCCACAAGGUCUGCGCACACAGACACAGCCUGCCGUACACAGUGCCAGUCAACCUCGCCAAGGCGGCUCUGCUCCAGUCGCUCGCCCCUCAGAACAGCCUAAUCCCAGCAACCUAACCCAAGCUGCACUUAAAGCCCACACUGAGAACGCUCGAGUGUUUAAAAGUCGGCGACAGCAGACCCAGGCUGCCUUGCUCCAUGCUGGACAACAAGCCCACGCUCCGACGACUGGAGGUCAGCAAGCACCCGCCCCUCCUCCCGUUAUUCCCCUUGCACAUUUCCAAACCCUCCCCAGGGAGCGCACCCAACACAAGUCCCCGGCCAGGGGUCCGCAGCCCCCCAGACCUCCUGUCAACAUACCGACGGCACAGCGACCCAGGCACCGUUCUGCCAACCAUCAUCAUCGUCCCGCAAACGGCCAAAGGCAUGCACAUGUGCAAGGAAAGGACCACGGGCACAAUGCCCACCCCACCCACGCAUGGCAGCAACAGGCUCACAGAGGGAGACCGAGAUGAUGACAGAUGUCAGCCGACUGCACUCCACAACUGUCCCGCAUGCUCUGACACAAACAAACAGCUGACAGACGUGAUCCAAUAUACCAGCAAGCAAGACUGACUGCACAAUGCUCUGCACUUAAAAAGCUGUCAUCUCAGUCCUAAAGUGCCCUCCACCCACUUUUUUUCCCUUUUUUUUUUGUGUAAAAGAAAUGAACGUGUCUCCCAUGGGGAUGAUAAAAUGUGAGAUUUAAAAAUGCAAUCACUUUUUUCCUUGAAGGAAAAAGAAAGGAGGCUUGAUUAGAUAUUUUAAACAUUUAGUCAACCAAAUAGGCUAAAUCAUACAAAACCGACCAAAAUAUUCCCAGAAACCUGAAAAGUCCCUUCCAGACAGAGUCUUUGUAAACACUGAUCGUGUGUCAAAAUUUACCAAGAGGCUUCACAGAAAAAGUUCAUUGAUCCAUGGCGCCUGACCUUUUACUCAAACAACAACAACGUAAACAACACUCCUUCCAAUAAAACGCUCUUGAGGUGCUUGCAUGAAUAACUGCGACUACCUCAGCCAAAACGUGACACACAAUAAAUGAGAAGGGACCUUGCUCGAGAAGGACUCGGCCACGGAGAGCAGUGACAGUCUUGAUUUACUCUGAGCUAUUUGUCUUGCGCCUUCUGUUUACAGAUGCCUCUUAUGACACUUCUCAAUUAAGGGGAUUCGCCUCAGUGGUGCUCGGAAAUAAUGCUCGGCUAACUAUGAGGGAGAUCCCACGAAUGGAUGGGCGCUCAUUAAUUAACUGCUUUUAUGUGACUUAAAUGACUUGGAAAGUAAUCACACCCGUGCAUGAAUGAGGUCAGCUCAAAGACCUGAGCUGACACGCUUUCUGCUGAAAAAGCAGUGUAAUAAUUCACUGGGUCACAGAAAGCACAUAGAGAAAAAACGACUUUUUAUAAAAUGUUUAUGUAUUUAUUGAUUUUACAUUUGUGUAUUUUUUUUUGUUUGUAACUCAGGGGGUUUUGGAUUGUUUAUUUGUUUUUUGUUAAAAGGUAUCAGGGCUGUUAUUUGGGGGAUAAGGUCUUUUCAUGUUGUCAACAAAGUUUAUGAUGACAGCAAGACCAGCGAUGCAUCGAUUAGCUGUAAAGCUCCACUGUGCACCAACAGCUAUUAAAGGCACUGCUUUGAGAUCCAGAGCUGCACCAAAUAACUUUUUUUUCUUACAAGUUUUGAAUGCCCGUCCACAUGAUCAUCCUGCCACUUGUGAGAGUCGUGCCAAAUGUGUUUUCAUCUCCUGCAGAAAAUACUCCCAGGAACAGGUCUAUUUGUUUACAGAAACUGUGGAGAGAAGAGAAGGAAGAUGGUUUUUAUGUUAUUGAUUGACAAUAAUGAUUAAAAAAAAAAAAAAAAAAAGAUGAAUAUCCGCGUUUACUUUUGCAACUUAUUAGCUCCAUUUGACAAGCAUGCUGUAGAAACACACAGCACGUCUGGAGCAGGACAUGUUUACAACUCUCCUCCAAACAUAUGUAGGAAAAUCAUACUGGUGUUUAACAUACUGUAUCCACAAACCUUGAAGGAGCUGUCUUCAUUGUUGGGAAUUUGUGAUGUUUGACAAUGUAAACAAUAAUGAAACCAUAAUUGCCAUCCAUUGACUGUAUCAUUGAAAUGCUAUGCAUCACUUUGCUGUGUACCAUACUUUUCACAAGGAACCCACAAAAGGCACAACUCUGAGACGAAGAGAGUUCCUCCACAAACUUGUGCAUUGUUAGUCUGGGCGCAUACCAUCCUGCUAAAUGUGUAGCUAUUCAUCCCCUGCUGAAAGUGGAUCCUCAGAACUGGGCUAUUUGCUGCAGUGUGAGUGGCAUUUGCCUAAAACUACACUGCCCAUCUGUUUACAGAAACUAUGUCUGUAAAAACACAGAUUUAUGCAAAGGAGUUAGCUUUGUGUGUGACGAUCGGACAGAAAAAAACACCCCACAGAAACAUCUCAGAUAAUUCUACCUUUAAAUACAUCCCCAAUCCAGCAACAAAAACAUUUGAAAAACAGUGUGAACACUACACAGCACAUCUGGUGGCACCAGUCAGACAUAUGGGGCUUGACAUUUUUAUCACUGCUUUCUAAUUAUUCUCUUUUAGUGAAAUUAAUGCAUGUAGAUCACACAGGUGUUUCACACGAGUUUCAAGUGCAGUAUUGUAUCCACCAACCUAUAACCGAAUGCAUUCAUUAUUGUGGAUUCAUGGCUUGUUUCAGCAUCUUUUUUGGAAUAUUAACAAUGUGUGAAUAUCAUAUGUAAAGUCCAGAAAGAAACAUUGAAAUUCAGCGAGCAGACAGUCACGCAGCCGUCACAGAGGGGCUUACUUGUCUAGACUAUUCCCAGCAGAUGGCACAGGACUGUAUUGUGCCGCUCUCAAAAAUGAGCAUACUUUUCCAAACAUGAGCAUCUUUUGAUUUUCCAGUGGGAGGAAAAAAAAUACCUCUUCAUGCAUGUUGACAGUAACCGGGUCCAUAAAAGCACCUAUUUAUUCUGGCGUUCCUCUGAAUCACAGGGCUGUUUGCAGUCUGAGCAUAUUUCUGCUCGCUGUGUCUAUAGUGCUAAUUAUUCAUGGCGCCUGUGUACACCGAGUGCUGCUGUUGAUUCUCUUCAGAUAAAUCUGUUCCUUCGGCUUGUUGUGGAGGUGCGGCGCGUGUGUUUGGAUCACAGCUCCAUCAGUCUCCCAAUCCCCUGCUCCCACUUGUACGUCACCUCUGAUGAACAGUCCUGCUGCUCACUAUUGGAGACACUUCACGCUCGUCUAGCGCUGUAAUGAGUGGAGAUGGAGUGCAUUUGAGUACUCGCUACCAGAAUAGGUUACAGCAUUGCCUCCCAGUUCCAGGUGAGAGCUGUGAUUUAUUGAAACUUUGGAGCAGUUUUACAAAAGCAGUACUUUGUAUCCAACAACCCUGCCUGCUGUCUAAAGCCUGAAGUGUGUUGUUUAUGGCCUAAACCGCUAAAACUCAAACUGCAAGUCAGUUUGUAGUCUUGAGACGCGCGCCGCAUGGUAAACCUCAAAAGCUGAUGUGGCUACCUUCCCUGGACCAAUUUGCAUGUAAAUCUGCCCGUGUUGUUUUAGUAUACUGAUUUACAAUGAUUUACUGUGACUGCCGCAAGUAAUUGUAAUUGUUUACGCAUCCCUUUGGAGGCAUAAAUUAAAGGAAAACAUAACUCAAGUGCUGUGUGUGCAAAUAGGGCGUUUUUCGCAUUGAUGAAUAAUCAUUUUGGUGUAUGUCAAACUGCAGCAGCAAGCUUUUCUGACUCGAGUGUGCCGAGAGCCGCUGUUGACUCUACUCAGGAGACUGCAGUAGAUUUGCAGAGAAAACCUUAAUACCGCAAGAUGGCCAAUAUAAUCCUAAUCCAAUUUUAAUUUAAAUUUAGGAGAGCUCAGCAGGCAGACAUUUUUCUCUACUUGAUGGCGUUUUAUUGUCUGAAAAUAAAGUAGGAGCUGCCACACAGUCCACAGCACCUGCAAGUGAAUACAAAUUCAACACGCUGUUGUGGUUAUUGCUGCUAUCUCACAAUAAAAAAGAGCUCGGUUUGAUUCAGAGCUCAAUGGCUUUCUGAGAAGAGUUAGCAUGUUCUACCGGGUUCAUGUUUAAUUAGUGCUUUUAAACUGCCUGUAGGUUUGCAUGUGAAUCAUUAUAUUUCAGUCCUGGUCCAGGACGUACCCUACUUUUUUGCACAAUUUCAGAUUGAAUCAGCACGAGCCUCAAAAGACCCAGAGUUUGAUAAAGCGUGACAGUGCUAGCGAUGUUCUCCUUCCGCCAGGGACGAGAGAAAGGUCACAUCUGAUGGCAUUCAUAAGUCCAUAUGAUCAUUAAAACAAAAAGCGGAAUUCCCUGUGAGAUCUACAUGCGUGCCCAUCCCUGUCAAUGUGUCCUUGAACGAGCCACCAGCCCCCUCCCCGCAGCAGCACUGACCCCUUCAGUUCACCGGCACGUGAAUAUGAGUCUCACAGGGGCGUCGGGAGGGGGGAAAAAAAGUAAAUGUAUGUUUAAACUUCACACACAGGACAACUGAAACAAAAGCGCUCCACAUUUCAGAGUGGGACGGUGCGCCCCCUGAAUUUAUAGCCUCAGUCUGUGCCACAGUCAUCUAUCCAGCCAAAAUGUCCUUGAGUAGGACAGACAAUCCCCAACAGUUCACUAACUGUAAAUCGCUCUGCAUGGGAGUGUCUGAGAUGUAAAUCAUGAGACGAAGCUGUGCGCCGUGGCAGUCAGACACUCCAUGCCUUGUCACCCACAAGGGGGAGC